AUGGUUCCAAAGGCCGCCACUGGUGACUGGCGCCCCUGCGGUGACUACAGGGCCCUGAACAACGUUACCGUCCCGGACCGUUACCCUGUCCCACAUCUUCAGGAUUUUGCCGGUGCCCUAUUCGGCAAGUCUGUAUUCUCAAAGAUUGAUCUGGUCCGUGCUUUCCACCGAAUUCCCAUAGCCCCGGAGGACGUUUCGAAGACGGCCGUUACCACACCCUUUGACCUCUUUGAGUUCCUGCGCAUGCCGUUUGGACUUCGCAACGCCUCCCAGACCUUCCAAAGGUUUGUAGACAGAGUGCUUCGCGGCUUACCAUUUGUCUACGCCUAUAUCGACGACCUUCUGAUAGCCAGCUCUACCACUGAAGAACACAUGGAACAUCUUACAACGGUGUUUGACCGCCUUCAACAAUUUGGCGUUGUUCUCAACACGUCAAAGUGCGUCUUCGGUGUGCCCUCCCUAGAAUUUCUCGGUCAUCUGGUCGACUCCCACGGUAUUCGGCCUCCUCCCUCAAAGUUUGCCGCCAUUCGGGACUUUCCACCCCCUACCUCGAAGCGUCAGUUGCAACGGUUUCUUGGUAUGGUGAACUUUUAUCGCCGGUUUCUCGCAAACUGUGCCGACACCAUCCUACCUCUGACCAAUCUCCUCUCAGGUUCUAAACGCACCUUUGAACUUACACCAGCAGCACUCACGUCAUUUGAGCAGGUAAAAGCCCUUCUGGCUGACGCCACCAUCCUGACUCACUUUCACGCUGAUGCAUCCAUAUCUUUGAUGGUCGAUGCCUCCAAUGUUGCUGUUGGCGCGGUUCUUCAACAAAGUCUGCCGGAUUCUACCGUGCCUUUGGCUUUCUUCUCCAAGAAACUAUCCAAAUCCGAAACCCGCUACAACACAUUCGGACGUGAACUUCUCGCCGCUUAUCUUGCCGUAAGGCACUUCCGGCAUUUACUCGAAGGUCGAGAGUUCACAAUUUUCACUGAUCAUAAGCCACUCACGUUUGCAAUACAUUCCCACUCUGACAAGCUAAGCCCCGGGAGAUCCGUCACCUGGACUACAUUUCGCAGUUCACUUCAGACAUCCGCCAUAUUGACGGGUCACGGAAUGAGGUGGCUGACGCACUCUCAAGGCCCUCUAUUGCUCAUCUUCAGCUUUCACCCGGGAUAGACCUCGCUGAGAUGGCCGCUGAACAACGCCGUGUCGGUCCACCCUGUGAUGAGGAUGUUUCCGGACUCCAUCUUCAGGGGCUACCACUGACAACUGGCAACGGCAGUAUUCUAUGCGACGUAUCCACCCCAUCUCAUCGUCCAUUGUUGCCACCAUCUCUCCGCCGAAAAGUUUUAUCUUCCCUGCACAAUCUCUCUCACCCUGUGAGUCGAGCAACCGACAAGCUGGUUUCCGACCGCUUCAUCUGGCCUGGAAUGCACAAUUACCUGAAAGCAUGGACACGGGCGUGUCUCGGCUGUCAACGGAAUAAGGUCCGACGGCACAACAAAACUCCCAUUGGCACCUUCCCUACUCCGGACGCACGAUUCAGUCAUAUCCACCUGGACAUCGUAGGCCCCCUGCCUCUGUCCAAUGGCUGCUCCUAUCUCCUUACCUGCGUGGAUCGAUUCACCCGGUGGCCGGAAGCUAUUCCACUGUCUGAUGUCGCAGCUCCAACGGUCGUCAAGGCUUUCCUCAGUCGUUGGGUUGCCAUUUUCGGUGCUCCCUCCAUUAUCACGACUGACCGUGGUGCCCAAUUUGAAUCUCACCUCUUCCAGUCUUUACUCUCCUUUUUAGGCUGUACUCGCAUCCGCACUACAGCCUAUCAUCCGGCAGCCAACGGGAUGGUCGAGCGGUUUCACCGUCAGCUGAAGGCCUCCCUACCCACCGCAGACGAUCCGGAGAAUUGGACAGACCACCUCCCCCUAGUCUUCUUGGGCAUUCGCUCCUCCCUCAAGUCGGACCUUGAUUGUUCUGCCGCUGAACUCGUGUUCGGUGCAACCGUCCGACUUCCCGGUCAGAUGAUCUCGCCAACCCCGCGAGUUGCAGUUGAGGAUCCCACCAACCUCCUGCAUCGCCUCCGGCAAUUCCUGCGGACACUUUCUCCGGUUCCACCUAGGCCAUCCGUCUCCAAAUCUUAA